AUUGUUUUGGGUGAAAUGGCAAAGAAGAUGAAGCUGAAAUUUGAUAAAUAUUGGGGUGCUCCAGAAAAAAGGAAUAAGAUGAUUUUUAUAUCAUGUGUUUUGGAUCCUCCCUAUAAAUUUAAUUCUCUUAGUUUUGGACUUAAAAAGAUGUUUGGGGACAAAGGGCCCGGUAUAGAAAAAGAUGUGCUAAAGUACAUGACUUCAUUGUUUAAUGAGUAUGUGAAGAACGAUUCAAAAGAUAAAGGUAGUCAACUUUCUUCAAUAGAAGUGGCAACUUCCAGUUCAAGGCUCGAACCUAUAGGAGAAUUUGGUGACUUCUAUGAGGAAUUAUUUAGACAUACAUCUGGAAGUGGAGGUGCAGAUUCUAAGUCAGAGUUAGAAAAAUAUCUUGCAGAAGAUAUUGAAAUUGGAAGACAAGAUUUUAAAAUAUUGCUUUGGUGGGAAGUUAACUCACCUAGAUUCCCCAUUCUUUCUGAGAUGGCUCGAGAUGUGUUAGCUAUUCCUAUUUCAAGUGUGGCAUCCGAAUGUGCUUUUAGUACUGGAGGGUGCGUUCUUGAUUCGUUUAGGAGUUCAUUAACUCCUAAAUUGGUACAAGCUCUAGUGUGCCUUCAAGAUUGGAUUCGGAGUGAACUAACACCCAUAAGUAUUGAGGAAGAUUUAGAUUCCCUCGAGCAACUUGAAAAAGAUAUGGCCAAUCUUGGAAAAAAACCUUCUGUUGAUGACAUGUAGAAGUGUAGAUUGUUAAGAGAUGAAACUUUGGUUUAACCAUGCCUCGACUUUGUGGUUCUAAAGCUCGAUCACCUGUUUGGGAUCACUAUGAAAAGCUUGAAGAAAAUGAUGAUGGAUGGUGCACCAUACAGUGCAUUUAUUGUGG